GUCCAUGGGCUACCAGAAGCAGCCAAAUAUUUGACAAAGUAACAAUCGCUGUGUUCUACCCCCAGUUAGCUUAAAGUGUUUUAAAGUAACCACUCAUUUAACAAUAAAAACACAAUUCCAUUCGAUCAACUGUGCGGUCCAUACGUACAUUUUUCUGCGAGCGGGAUGUCAACACCGGCAAGACGACGUUUAAUGAGAGAUUUUAAACGGCUGCAAGAAGAUCCUCCAGCUGGGGUCAGCGGGGCUCCAUCAGAAAAUAAUAUCAUGGUAUGGAACGCUGUCAUAUUUGGUCCAGAGGGAACGCCUUUUGAAGAUGGGACUUUCAAACUUACCAUUGAGUUCACAGAAGAAUAUCCAAAUAAGCCUCCGACAGUGAGGUUUGUCUCCAAAAUGUUUCAUCCUAAUGUAUACGCCGACGGCAGCAUAUGUUUAGAUAUACUUCAAAACCGCUGGAGUCCCACUUACGACGUAUCUUCAAUAUUAACUUCUAUACAGUCGUUACUGGAUGAGCCGAACCCAAACAGUCCGGCCAACAGCCAGGCAGCCCAGCUGUACCAGGAAAACAAGCGGGAGUACGAGAAGAGGGUUUCUGCUAUUGUUGAACAGAGUUGGCGUGACUGUUGACCCACGUUAUAGUCUGUCAUCAACAGCCCAGAAUCAUCUCACAAAGAAAAAUAUCCCACUCAGUAUAUACAAUAUAUAUAUUCACACACACACACGUCCCUGAACUGUUGGUUGUAAGUUUGUACUGUGUUUGUGGCAUUCAUUUCUGCAGAAUGCUGUUGUUGGCCUAAAGUAUGUUUGUUAUAAAAAAAAGUUAAUGUACCUUGUUAUAUCUGGGUUACUUACUCUGGUGGCUGCUAACUGUAUGUGCUUGCUGUGUGGUUUGAUGUGAUACCGAUUUUAUUUUUGAGUGUUUCUCCUUUUUUCUUCUGCCUUUUGGAAAGCCUUUCAAGUGGGAAUAACCCGACAGACAUUCAUCCCUCUUAAACAGUUGCCUUCAAGUUUUUUUUGAGUACUCUACACACAAGACACAAAUGGCCCCUUUUGGGUUUCAUUAACAGAAGACUGAAGAUACUUGUGUAUUUCACAAUCAAAGCAGUUGUCACACUGAACUGAUCAUACAGGAUGAUUUCAGGUUCCUUUGAGCAUUUGCACUUGGUAACCCAUGUAACAACCUACAUUUUCUUGUAAAUAAAUGAAUAUACAUUAA